AUGUCCGCCUCAAACACUGGUGUCUGGCUUCUCGAAGCGGGCGGCCAAUUCGUCGUUCAGGAAGCUCCGAUGUAUACUCCCGGUCCUGAUGAGAUUCUUGUGAAGAAUAAGGCUGUUGCUGUUAACCCGAUGGACUGGAAGAUCCAGCUCUAUGGUCCUCAUCUACCCUUCCCCAGCAAAUACCCAUUCAUCCUAGGUGUUGAUCUCGCCGGUGAAGUCUACGAAGUAGGCAAAGACGUAACAAAAUUCAAGAAAGGCGACCACAUAGCCGGAAAUGCAAAUUGGUUCCUCUCGCACGAGAUCCGGGAGAGCGCCUACCAGAAUUACACAAUAAUCAACGCGGCCCUCGCAGUCCCCCUCCCCCACACUAUCACCUUCACAGAAGGCAGCGUCAUUCCUUUGGCAGUAAGCACCUCGGCAAUGGGUCUCUAUCCACCAGCUCGUUUGGGCCUUCCCCUUCCCCAAUCUCCUAAGGCAGAGCGUAUUGGAAAAGUGGUCCUUGUCUGGGGUGCCUCGUCUAGUUGUGGAUCUAUGGCUGUUCAACUGGCCGUUGCAUCGGGUGCUACUAUCGUUGCUACGGCUUCGAGUAAGAAUCAUGAGUUUGUGAAGUCGCUGGGUGCGACUGCUGUUGUGGAUUAUAAUAGUGAGACUGUUGUUUCGGAGUUGGUUGAUGCGGUUAAGAGUACUGGUGAAGAGUUUUUGGGGGCUUUGGAUGCUAUUGGGGAUGAUCAGACUUGGAGACUUUGUGUCGAGGUUGCGCAGGGUCUUGGGUGUGGACGGGUUGUUAGUAAUAAUCCCAGGAUUCCGGUUGAGGAUAUUCCCGAAGGCGUUGAGGUUCUUGGUGUGACUGAUACCGCGAAUAUUGGUGACAAAAGGGAAAUUGUUGAGGGCGUUUGGGGGACUUUCCUUCCUAAGGCUUUGAAGGAUGGGACUAUCAAGUGUGUUCCUGAGGCGGUGGUGUUGAAGGGGUUGGAUAAGGUAGCUGAGGGCGUUGCUUUGUGCCAGAAGGGGGUUUCGGCUGCUAAGGUUGUAGUGGAGCUUUGA